GUAGGAAUGCUCCUAGCCGAGUACAUGAACUUCAGACGCCGCUGGUAGAAACUAGCUAGACCGGUGAAGUCGACCGCUAUCAGUUCUCCUAGCGCGUUUCAUCGGAAAACUAUCGAGUGGACAAUUUCGAAGUUUCGAAUCGCGCCCUGAAAAAAACAGUGAUUUGUGCCUUCAAUUGAUAAAAAUAAGGAUACCAGAUUCGUGAAUUCGUAAGAUGGCUGUCCAGGAUAUACAAUAGGUUAGGGCGACGAACAUGUCGCACCACAGUGAUGACAACAUGCUCAUAGCGACAAGCGAUUCCUUCUGGGAGCCCAACAACUACAAGAAAACCACUAAACGCAUAGAGGACGGACUGAAACUCACCGCUGACUUAAUCAACCUGAUACAGGAACGGGCCGAGCUGGAGAAGGCGUACGCGAAGAGCCUGAAAGCGUGGUCGAAAAAAUGGAACGAGACGAUAGAGAAGGGACCUGAGUACGGGACCACGGAGGCAGCUUGGAAGGGCGUCCUCGUCGAGGCGGACAGAAGGUGCGAUCUUCACCUCAGGAUAAAGGACAAUUUGAUAAACGACGUGGUGUCCAAGAUAAAGAACUGGCAGAAGGACAAUUAUCACAAGUCGAUGAUGCAACUCAAGGAAAAGAAAGAUAUGGAUGACGCAUUUAAAAAGGCUCAAAAGCCAUGGGUGAAACUGCUCCAAAAAGUAGACAAAGCGAAAAAUGACUAUCACACAGCAUGCAAAACGGAAAAAUCUGCAAUAAAUCAAGAAAGAAACGCAUCUGGCGAUAGUUCUUUAUCUCAGGACCAGCGGACGUCAGCGGUGAGGAAGCUUCAGGAUAGGGUUCAGAGAUCGAAGGAGGAAGUUCAAAAGUGCAAAGAUAAAUACGAGGCUGCCCUUACGGAAAUCAACCAGUACAAUCCGAAAUAUAUGGAAGAUAUGACGGGAGAAUUCGAUAAAUGCCAAGAUAUGGAAGCAGUCCGACUCAAAUUCAUAAAGGCUACCCUGUUCGACCUACACAAAUACCUCAACAUUUCACAGGAUCCCACUUUGGGCCAGAUAUACGAAGAAUUAAAUCACACGAUUCACAAUGCAGACUACGAGAAAGACCUGAAAUGGUGGUCGUUCAAUCACGGUGUGAGCAUGGCCAUGAAUUGGCCCCAGUUCGAGGAAUACACUGAAGAAUUUAGAGAUAUACACAAGGGAAAAUCGAAGGAUGCUCCUGCCGGAGGCAUAAUGUUGAUUAAUCAACGUCCUGUUGGAGAAGAUGUGCAUGAACUACCAUCCAAUAAUAGGCCGAAACCUGCACCAUCAAGCAGAACAUCUGUGGCACCACCGCCGCAAAGUGUUGAAACUGAAGUCAGAAGGUCCGAACCACCGGUAGAAAGUCCAGCUAACCGAGCUUCCACAAUAACAACAAACGGAACAACUAGUAGUAGUAGUAAAGAAGUAAAUCCGUUCGAAGAAGACGAAUGGGAUGAAAGUGAUGCGUUAGUGGACAACGGUGAACCUGGGGUUCCGGUUAAGGCACUUUACGACUAUGUAGGCGCAGAGAGUGAUGAGCUUAGUUUCAAACAAGGUGAAGUUUUUGAGAAACUUGAAGACGAGGACGAGCAAGGAUGGUGUAAAGGUCGAAAAGAUGGCAAAGUUGGUCUCUAUCCGGCGAACUAUGUAGAACCUGUAUCGCAAUAAUUAUUUGUGUCAAAAUAAAAGCAGAAAAUUGUUAAUUUUUGAGAGAUAUUUAUCUGAGCUCUUGCUCACCUCGAUAUAGAUUUUGAUGUUGUGUUAUUUAAUAAGAAUGAGUGAUGUCUUUUCAGACUUGUACAAAUAGAUUAAAAAUGUAUAUAAAAUAACAUUUAGUAACCACAAGAUUGAUAUACAAGGGACAAUUUAAUGUACUUGUGCAAGUAGAUACAUGUUAUGAGAAUUUGUUUUGGAAAAUAACCACAAAAUUGUAUAGUAUACAUUUUGUAUGUUGAAAAUUAUAUGCAUUUUAUUUGGAUUUGAAACGUUUUAAAUGUUACAAUUCUUCUUGUCCAAACUUUUAGUUUUAAAGAAAAUAUUUAUUACUACUCAUUAUAUUUGAAUUAUGUUUCUGACAAAUGAUAGAUUUUCAUAUUAAAAAAACUCCUAGUGAGAUAUUGAAUUCCUUUGGCUUAAGAUUA